AUUCAUCUUUUGUUUCAAUUGGAUUACAAUUAUUAGAAGUAUGCUUCACAAGCAAAAUCCUUCAUUUCGUUAGGCAUUUCAUGGAUGGGAAUGCAUAGCUGGCAAGAUUCCCAUUGUCUUCACUGGAGGAAAACAGUGCUAACCUGAUAGGUACGGUGAGGGUAAUAGCCCUCGUGUGUUCUUCAAUAUUCUUGUUGAGGGAACUCGUGUGUUGUGCGCUAAAUCAUUAGAAUAAAUUAUUUAUGAAAGACCUGAACAAUAAGUAGAGUCUGUCUCCAGAAAUCAUUACAAGACCCAUAUUGACAUCACACGGGAAGCAUAGGUGGCCAAGAUUCUUGGUGCCUCCCAUCUUCUACAGAUACAUUGUUUUAUAAGGCGUGGGAGCCAAGAAGCCAACCCAGAGCAUCAUCUUCUUCUCUAGUCUUCUCUUGUCAUCCACUCAGAGAGGCUGCACUACAAAAAAAAAGAAAAAAUAUAGAAGGAUUGUUGGAAUGGUUACUAACAGAGAAAGAUUUAACUCUACAUGCAUUCCUCACUCUCUUUCAAUUGAAUUAGCUUGUGAUGGCUUGAAGAAUAUCAUGAAUCAAACAUUAAUGACUGGUGCAGAACAUGUUCCACCUGUAUUUACACUAUUUUCUGCUGGGUGCAUUCUUGAAAAUAAUAUAAAUGGGGAGAAGCAUGUAUCACCUCUUCAAAUUAGUUUCCAACUGUUGUUUGGGGAAGUUAUCCAACAGCAAAUCCUCAAAAUUUUCAGAGAACUUUUGACAGGAUCUUGUGUUCAGAUUGAGGCCCUCCUUUUCUUUCUUUCUUUCUUUUUUUUUGCCUCAGAUCAUAUUUUAGCUAUGCUGCUUGUUAUCUUCCUUUAUUCAUUAUGAUUACCAUGCUUGCCUACGUCUUGUUCGGACAUUAUGCUUUGUUUAACAUCCAUUGAACAUAAAUAUAGCUCACUGUUAUUUCACUAUCAUUUACAUUGAAACUUCUACUAAUUGCUGUAACAGCCAUAACACAACCAACAAACCUUUUCUCAUUUAUCUGAAGUUUUUUAAUGGAACAUAUUCAUCUGAAGUUGACAUCAGGUUUCCUCAAUUUUCUCUUAGAACUUCUAUGGUGUCUUCUUCUUGUUCUUUCAUUGAUAUUAAACUUACACAGUUACCCCUAAUAAAGGAGUAGAAAAAAGUUUAUAUACUGUUAGAGUGAUCAAGUACCCAGAAGAAGAUAAAUUAUUAAAUUACUUUAUUAAUUUGACCCUCAACAUUUAUUUGUGGAUGAAAUGGAUCCCAUGAGCUGAGUUACAUAUUGUUAUUAGUCAUUCUUGAUGAGAACCCAAAGUUUUAAGGUCUUGUGGUUAGGCUCUCUCUCUCUCUCUCUCUCUCUCUUCCUUUUCUUUCUUCUUUUUUCUUUGAGAGAGAGAGAGAGUUGGCCCUUGGCUUAUCGCAUAUAAUUUCCUUUCUUAGAUUGAAUAUUUUGAUGUUAUAAGAUUAACAAAAGAAUCAAAUGUGAAUGGUUAGUUUUUGCACAACCCCUAACAUUUACCUAACAGCAUUUUGCUACAAGGGGACAUCUAACGUGUCUGAUUCUGCAACUAGUACUUCUAUUAUAUGCUUGUAAGAUGGUCACCAGGUUUUAUUAUUAGGCCAUGUAUGGAUCUGAUUACAUUCAUCGAAGACAGUUGGUGCUGGCCUGAUGGAUUGUUGGGGAGACAACCACGGCGAAAGCCCUCGUGCAUUGUACAUUAAUUUAUAGGUUAAUGCAUCACAGACAUAAUCUGAUUCCUAUCACCUGGAAAUCAGACUAAAGAAGAGAAAUGAGCAGAGCUUGUCUGGAAAAAUCAUUACAAGAGCCAUUUUGCUAGCCAAGACCCAUAUUGACAUCACAUGGGAAGCACAGGUGGCCAAGAUUCUUGGUGUCUCCCAUCUUCUCCAGAGGUGUUGGUUUAUAAGCAAGAGGACUCCAAGGACUAGAGCCAAAGCAUCAUCCUUCUCUCUCUAGUUUUCUCUUCUGAUGCAAACAGAGAAACCACUGCAAAAAAAAGAAGAGCAAGAAUGGCUGCUGUGGUGCCAGACCAAUGCGUCCGACUUCGAUCCAUCAGCAUGCCAUCCAGAUCCCACCCCCUUGCCCUCCAAGUUGAAGAAGAGUUGCACAAGCUAAAGACUUGUGUAGCUUCAUCCUCUUUAACAAGCCAGAUGAUGGGAAAUGCAUUGAGAGGUCUAGGAGAUUUGUACAACUGCAUGGAGGAGCUUCUUCGCCUGCCACACAACCAGCAAUCCCUCUCCCAUCUCCCACAGAAGAGAUGGGUGGAAGAGGAACUGGAUGGAUCUGUGAGGUUGUUGGACUUUUGUGGUGCCACAAGGGACAGCCUGGUUACAAUGAAAGAGCGCAUCCAAGACCUUCAGCUAGCUCUUCGAAGAAGAGGAGAUGCAGCUAUCCAAAGCAAGAUGCAUGCUUACAUCCACUUCGGUAAGAAGGCACAGAAGGAUCUCAAGAAUUGCGUAAGAUCAUUGAAGCAAACGGAUAACAGAUCUGCAUCCUCUUCGGCUGUCAAUAUGGAUUCUGAGCUAUCGAUGGUGGUUCAGGUGCUGACAGAAGCAAAGGAGAUCAGCAUUUCUCUACUGAAAUCUAUCUUAUCUAAUUUGUUCAUGGCAAGGUCAAGACCAAAGGCUAGCAGGUUGUCUUUAAUUUCAAAGGCUUUGCAGAAGAAGAAAGUUGAUUGCGAGGAGCAUGAAAAUAUGAGUCACUUAGAGGCAUUGGAAGUCACCAUUGGAGAUCUCGAGACUGGAUUAGAAUGUCUGUUCAGGCGACUAGUCCAAAAUAGAGUCUCCCUUCUUAACAUCCUCAGCCUAUAGAAAUCUUAUGAGACCUUGUUACCAUACAGACACUGCUAUUUGCAUCCAAUUUUUGAAGGAUUUGCUAGUGAUUUUGUAAUUGAUCCAAUUUCGUAGAUGAGUUGGAAUGUAUAGCAUACUGUUCUUAAUCAUAUCAAGAAAUUCAAAUUUCAAUAU